AUGGAACCCGGGGUGACCCCACCCACUCCUCCGGUCAUCAUUCUCGGCAAAUAUGAAUUGAUGGAUUUCCUUGGCCGUGGCACCUUCGCAAAGGUUUAUCGUGCACGAUCUUUAGUUGAUGGCUCCACGGUUGCCGUGAAAAUCAUCAACAAGCUUAAAACUAUUGAGUCUUCCAUGGAAGAUAAGAUCAUCAGUGAAGUCAAUGCAAUGUACCGCCUCCAUAAUCAUCCGAACAUCCUCAAAAUCUACGAAGUCAUGGCCACAAAAUCCAAAAUUUAUCUUAUCAUUGAGUAUGCAGCCGGCGGCGACCUCUGCACUGAAAUCACCCGGAAGGGCCAUUUGAAAGAGAAAUUAGCUCGCCGUUACUUUCAGCAACUAGUCUCUGCUCUUUGUUUCUGUCAUCAAAACGGUGUGGCUCACCGCGACAUCAAGCCUCAGAACCUUCUCUUGGAUAAAGACGGCAAUUUGAAGGUCUCCGAUUUUGGGCUUUCCGCUUUAUCAGAAAGUCUCCGAGACCGGCUGCUCCACACAGCUUGCGGUACUCCGGUUUACGCCGCCCCGGAGAUACUCCGACGGCGAAGUUACUAUGGCGCCCAAGUCGAUGCGUGGUCAUGCGGGCUCAUACUAUACGUCAUGCUCGCCGGAUAUCUGCCGUUCAACGACUAUAGCAUCCCGGCGAUGUGCAGAAAGAUUGGGUUGCGCGAUUAUAAGUUCCCGGAGUGGAUUUCGAAGCCUGCACGCAACGUGAUCUACAAUCUGCUCGACCCGAAUCCAAUCAAGAGGACGAACCUUGAAUCGCUGUACGAGGUAGCGUGGUUCAAGAAAUCGCUGAAACCAGAAAUCGAAAGGAGUGUGUUGAGAUCGGGAUGGGAUUCGUGUGCGAAAUCUGAGUUAGGGUUGAAUGCUUUUGAUAUAAUAUCAAUGUCUAGGGGUUUAGAUUUGAGACCUUUCUUUGAAACGAACUUAGAGAAGAGGUUCACAUCGAAGGCGGAAAAGGAGGUGGUGGUGAAGAAAAUGAAAGGAAUUGGAGUGAGUUUAGGGUUUAAGAUUGAACAAGAGAAGAAUGGUUUAAUUGGAAUGAGGAAAGGAAAAGUGGUUGUAAUCGUGGAACUCUUUGAGAUUGUGAAAGAUUUGUUGCUGGUGACUCUGAAGGCGGAUGAAGGUGGUUCAGAUUUUGAGGAGAUUUACUGGAAAGAUUGGAAAGUUGGACUUGAAGAACUUGUUCUUUCUUGGCUAGACGAAGCACUGUGA